CCACCCAGCUGUGAGGGAAAGGGAGGCGAUCUUGAACAUGAAACAAACCGUCUCAUGCUGAGGAAAUUGGAACAGCCUAAAGGAGUGAGAGAGCGAGAGCGCAAAAAAAAAAAGACAGACAGACAUGAAAAGCCCUGAGCUAUGAAUUCCCUCCUUGGUGUUUUUCAAACAGCGAAUCACAGACAAAAGUGAGUCGCUAGCCGGAAUCUCUGCCAGUCUGCAGCUUAAUGUCCAGCAGGACCAAGAGUUUAGACUGUCCCAUUGUUGCUGAUGCCACUGAGGCUUAGAGGACAAAGACAAAAUUCUGAAGGGGAAUUUCUGCACCAUUUUGAACGAUAAAACCCAAUCAGAGUGAGAGUUCACUGAAUACCAAUUCACUCCACAAGGUAACAAUGCCAGGAUUCCGAAGCAGCAGCUUUGUUUCAUUGGUGUUGGCAUUGCCAGUCAUCCUGGAGGUCGGCAGGGUCCGAGCGUGUCGCCUCGGCUCUGCGACACAGUGUGAAAACGCUCCCUUCGUGCCCGGCUAUAACCUCGCUGGGGAGGGUUUCGAUGUGGUCCGGAUGCGUCGGACUGGGGCUUAUGUCAUUAAUGUCAAGGGUCCUCUGGCUGACAACAACACAUGCACACUGUGCCCAAACCGCUUCCACAAAGGACAGAUUCAGAAGCUCCCAACUUCUGUGCUUGACUGGCGAUCCUUCAGCCGUUGCAGCAAGCAGCUUUCUAGUGCCCUCCACCACUCUGUGGACUCCCUGCUGCGCAGCUCCAGCUCAUUGGUGAACAACAACUGGGGUGUGGGUUUGCGCCUGGAUCAGAUCGGCAAGGUAGUGCUGGGAGGGAGCCGCUCGGACUUGGCCAAGUUCGCUCGCUCGCAGCACAGCGUGGACAAGGCCACUUUUGCCAUACAUGAAAUCAGUUGCACCUACUACAGCUACAGGCUGGCUGACCACCCCCAGCUGAGUGCAGCGUUCACAAAGCAUCUGAAAGGACUCCCUCGGAACACAGUUACAAGCCAAAGCAAAGCCCUGUACAGACGGUUGAUCGCCACAUACGGAACACAUUACAUCCACCAGGUUCAACUUGGUGGCAAAGUGAUGCGAAUCACAGCGUUCCGGACUUGCUUGGCCACACUGAAGGGCUUUACAGAGGCAGAGAUCAAAAACUGCUUGAAUGCUGAACUCCGCAUAGCCUUGGGUUUCCUCCCUGCCAAUGCAUCCUACUCCAACAAGUGCGACAAACUCAUGAAGGGCAACAUGAGCAUGGGCUUCUAUCAAGGCUUCAUGACCCAUAAGAUUGAGGUCACUGGAGGGGAGAAAUACUUUCCGGACAUCCUCUACCAGCAGGACCCUUCUGACGCCUACCACAGCUGGAUGAACAGCCUCCAAGACAACCCGGACGUGGUUUCCUACGCGAUUUUCCCCCUGCACCAUCUGGUGGAGGACUCUCAAAUCAGCGCUAAUCUGAGGGCAAUCAUCUCAGAGUACAUCCAAGAGAACAAGCUUCAGGAGGACCAGCUGGGUUUAAAGAACUGCUCCCCAACUCCCAACCUGGACCACAACUGCUGUCCACUGCGGGCAGGCCGUGGCGCUUUCAAACUGGAGAUCCACCGAGCCGCCGGUCUCAAGGCCGACACCUUCACCAAAACGGACGCCUACGUGAAGAUCUUCUACAAUGGCAUCUACGAGGAGACGGCUACAGUGUUGGACGACGACAACCCAGUUUGGAAUGCCACCUAUUACUUCAGUUCGGUGGAUGUGGGGCAAGAGUUGAGGUUUGAAGUCUGGGACAGAGAUGUUCUUUACAACGACCAAGCAGGCGUUUGCAUCAUCUUUCCCGAGCGAGGAACUCAUUCUCUGAGUUGUCAGUUGAGAAAAGGAGUCCUCUACUUUUCAUACAGCAUCAAGUGCGAUGCUCACUUGUCAGGCUUCAGGUGCGGACGGUACUCCCCAACUGCGGUUUAAUAGGGUCUUAUUGUUGAUUUGAUGGUAAUAUCUUCUUUAUGAAUUACAAAGAGAUUUUCCUUGGAACAGUCAGCAUGAUAACCCCACCAAAUUUACCGAAGCAACAUCCUAUUGCAGAAAAGUGUGAUUAGGGUUUGUUUUGACAUCCAGUACAGUGCCCAAUUUACUUAGAAAAACAAACAUUACCAUGCUCAUUUAUAGACGCAACCAUAUCACUUCCCUUUCAUACCGCAUACUUUAGACUUACCUCGACUUUAGAAUCCUGUAGUGGUUUGAUGUUAUGAUCUUGAUGACCAUUUUUUGGUGAUCAUUUGGGUCUCCGAAUGAAUCAUUCAAUGUGCAAUAAAUCUUAAAAUGGCAGGUUUAUCUUUCAAGACAGAGACAAAAAUGGCAUAAAAUGGCCAGGAAUGUUUAUAUUCUCCUCAAAAUUCUCAAUAAAGCUCCUCUGAACUGGAUCAUCAUGGUCAUUUACAUGAAAUCUCACUCAGACCAAACAUUUCCAAAACCUAACCUCAAAGAGCAAGCGUCCUCCUGUUGUGUACAAAUAUUCCAGGUUUGUUGGUACUUUGUUUGCACAACUACACAAAUAGUCACCUUAUUUACGCAAACAUGUUUGUAUUUAUUGAAGGUAUUCAAUUCAAAUUGACAAAAAAACAACAACAUACAAAUCUGCAUAACAAAAACAUUUUAAAAGGUAACAUGAACACUUACAACAUAUUAAGAAGUCGUACAGUACAAGGAUGUAGCAGCUGGUUCCAAGACUCAUCACCACCUCCAAUGCAAGGCCAAAGCUUCAGAAAUAUGCCCGGCAAAAGGAACUAUUACAUUAAAUGCAUCAUCCACUACUUUUGCUCUUUUCAAUUUUGCAAUGGGACUAGAAGGGAACAAGCUUGUUUUACUUUUAGCAAAUAUUUGGGUGACUUUGAAGAAAGUACCAAUACAAAUAGACUGCUAAUAUUAAUAGGUCAAACUCUUAACGUUUUUGUUUAUAAAUGGGGUGGUGACACUGUAGAAAAGAACGGAAUCGCCACGCACACCAGUGGACAUCUUGGGGUAUAACAAAACAGCCACGUUUGCUGAAACUUGCGUUCAUUUCCGAAGAAAUGUACUGACCUUAUGAGUCCUGGCAAAGUCUUGCUUGGAUGAUGACAGUACAGUUAAGCUUCCAUGAAUAUACAAAUUGAUCAACAGUCAAGAUUAAAAUGUUGUUAUAAAAGGGUUUGGUCCAUGUAUCAAAAGAAUAUGAAGAUUGAUGGUGCCUUCCGACAAAGGCUGCAUUACUAUCAGUUUGGUGGGACUGCACGAGACCAUUGAGUUUAAUGACAAAAAAGGCACAAAAUUUGUUGAAUCAAAACCAGCUUCGUUUUUUUUUUUUUUUUUUUUUUAAUAUAUAAAUGUGGUCAGCAGAUGGUUUUCAAAUGUGUUCCAGUGUGUUUUUAGUCAAAACUCAAGCCUGCCUGGGAUCAUUGAACUAAAUGAAAUACUUUUUGUCCCCUAAGUUUCAAGUUUUGUGUGACUGAAUAUCACAUCCCCAAUGACGCUUUGAGCAAAGACGCCAUAUCUUCAGGUAUGGCCCCUUCAUCACCUAAAAACAUAAAACACUGGUUUUCAUUUUAUAUACGUCAGAAUGGUAAAAUGCAGCAAAUCUUGCCACGACAAUCAAAAAUGGCUUUUGUUUGUUAAAAUGACAAAACAUGAGCAAAACAUGAAUUCAAUUACAGUGCUUAAUUUGUAAUUUCACUUCCUGUUAUCAAUAGCCUAUUUCCUCAAAAAGUGGCACUCUGUGGAGACCACGCAUUUCUUGGUGCUUUAACUGAUGUAAAUUAUUUUUGAAAAAUCAUAGAUUGUAUUAUUAAUUCAUUCAUACAUUUUCUUUGCUGGGUAAGUGACCCUUUUCUAGCUGACUUCGCCAGUCAAUUGCAGGGCACAUAAACACAAAACCAUUUACACUUACAUUUAUUUUCAAAACUAAAUGAUACUUAAUAUAAUGUAUUUGCAUGUAUUACUAUGUAUUAUCACAUCAUAUCGCUGUUCAAAGAAAAGCAUCUAAUAAAAAUGUUAAGAUAUGUUUUUUAUGUUUCAGAUCAAGUAAAAAUCUUUUGGAUUGGAGAUACAUUAGACGGCAAUAAAUAUAAUUAUAAUAUUAUUA